AUGGGCUCUUAUCAUGAGAACCAAGAUAUCCAGACCUUCCAGGCGACUCCGGAAUUUAGCGCAGAGAGUGAUUCCCAGUGGUAUUACGACGUCGAGCGAUACCAGAAGACAGACAUUGUGGACUUCAAGGAUCAACUUCCAAAAGAAUCUCAGGCUGAUCUAGAGAAUGCGCCCUGGUCCUUUGGCGCCACCACAUCCGGUUUUAAAGCACUUCGUGACAAGUUCCUGAAAGUGUUCAACGAAGCAAAACAGAACGGCAUGUCCAACCUGGGUGCAUCAAAAGAAUACACAUGUUAUCGCGAAGAUAAAGCCGCGUUCCCGGACGCCAUAGCCUUUACAUUUGACGAAGUUUCAGAGUGA